AUGGGUCCCCUCAGCGUUAGCUCUGUUCCUUAUGAUUUCACCUCGCAUGGCAGAGAUAAUUUUAUCAAUAAGUUUAUUGAGACGGAUGUCAGUCUGAGACAGACCCUUAUUAUUUCUUUAUGGGCUCUUUGGCACAAAAGAAAUAAAUUGAUAUAUGAAGGAAUUAAGUACUCCAAGCAGGAUCUUGUUGGUUUUAUCCGAGGGUAUUGUCAGGAAAUAUCUUCUUGUCAUACAAAUCCGAAGUCGUUUCCUAUCUCUACGAGGAAUCAGCUAUGGCGUCCCCCUAACAGUGGGACGUCCUUCCUAAAAGAAUCAAGAAUUUCUUUUGCAGUUAUUCUUGCAAGAAAUAAUGAGGGGCAGUUUUUUGGUGCGUGCACUUACCCUUUCGGCGAUGUGGUGGACGCGGUUGUUGCGGAAACGAGAACCUGUAAAAGGGCCAUGCUUUUUGCGGCUGAUCUGGGGUGGAAGAGGAUUCUUUUGGAAGGGGACUCUCUGACAACUAUUAAGAAACUGAACUCAAAGGAGGAGGAUAGAUCUAUCCUUAGACCAAUUAUUAAUAACAUUCGUGUUCUUAGGAAAAAGUUUGAGAAUGUCUCGUACCUGCUUGUACCGAGGGUGGUUAAUAGUACAGCGCAUACCUUAAGAGCUUUUGGUCUCAAGAACUACCGGAAUCAGUUCGGAAAAUUAUGGAGAAAGAUUUGGAAGCCUAGGUUCAGAGAGGUUGAGGGGUUGGGCAUUCUUUGA